UUUACACUUCAACCGAACCACUUCGAUUGAUCAACAUGUCUGGACGCGGAAAGGGAGGAAAGGGACUCGGUAAAGGAGGCGCCAAGCGUCACCGUAAAGUCCUCCGUGAUAACAUCCAGGGGAUCACCAAGCCCGCUAUCCGCCGUCUGGCUCGUCGUGGCGGAGUGAAGCGUAUCUCCGGUCUCAUCUACGAGGAGACCCGCGGGGUGCUCAAGGUGUUCCUGGAGAACGUCAUCCGUGACGCCGUCACCUACACCGAGCACGCCAAGAGAAAGACUGUGACCGCCAUGGAUGUGGUUUAUGCUCUCAAGAGACAGGGCCGCACUCUCUACGGCUUCGGAGUUCUUGUUGAGUGUUUACUUCUUGGCGGCCUUCUCAGUCUUCUUGGGCAGCAGGACAGCCUGGAUGUUGGGCAGCACGCCGCCCUGAGCGAUGGUCACUCCGCCCAGCAGCUUGUGAGCUCCUCGUCGUUGCGGACAGCCAGCUGCAGAGCAGAGACAAUGGCAAGAACCAAGCAGACCGCUCGUAAGUCCACCGGAGGCAAAGCCCCCAGGAAGCAGCUGGCCACCAAGGCAGCCCGUAAGAGCGCACCGGCUACCGGAGGCGUGAAGAAGCCUCAUCGUUACAGGCCCGGUACCGUGGCCCUGAGAGAGAUCCGUCGUUACCAGAAGUCCACCGAGCUGCUGAUCCGCAAGCUGCCCUUCCAGCGCCUGGUCCGUGAGAUCGCUCAGGACUUCAAGACCGACCUGCGCUUCCAGAGCUCCGCCGUCAUGGCUCUGCAGGAGGCCAGCGAGGCUUACCUCGUGGGUCUCUUCGAGGACACCAACCUGUGCGCCAUCAUCAUCAUGUCUGGACGCGGAAAGGGAGGAAAGGGACUCGGUAAAGGAGGCGCCAAGCGUCACCGUAAAGUCCUCCGUGAUAACAUCCAGGGGAUCACCAAGCCCGCUAUCCGCCGUCUGGCUCGCCGUGGCGGAGUGAAGCGUAUCUCCGGUCUCAUCUACGAGGAGACCCGCGGGGUGCUCAAGGUGUUCCUGGAGAACGUCAUCCGUGACGCCGUCACCUACACCGAGCACGCCAAGAGAAAGACUGUGACCGCCAUGGAUGUGGUUUAUGCUCUCAAGAGACAGGGCCGCACUCUCUACGGCUUCGGAGGUUAAACAGGACCACACAUCAACAAGUACAACAAACGGCUCUUUUAAGAGCCACCCACUACAACUACCGAGAUAUUUCUAAUAUGUUUGUACGAUUAUAUGUGUGGAAAAGUUAGAAUGAAACACAGCACAUUAUAGAAACUCAUGUUAACUUAUGUUGGUUAAGAUGAUCCAAUUGUCACGCGGUAGGUUCGUAUAUUUAUUAUAGCAUCAAGUUUAAUUCAUUCUUCACGUAUCAUCCCAGAAGGGUGACGUUCUAAUAAAACUCUUUAGUGCACUUUCAUGGGAAUGAUUCAA